GCUUUUGACUCUAGUGGGUGUGUAUUUCUCAGAGUUCUUGCUAAGCUUCUUAUCCGUAAUCCGUUUUCGUUUCUCCUUUCCCUUCCCUGUCUGGGAUCUCUGAUUUCGCCUUUUAAGUUUCUCCAUCGAACUGAGCAGUUGAGAUCUGAAGCUUUUAUCUGGGUUUCAACUUGUUUAUUCUCUCUGUAAAGGAGUUGAGUAGUAGCAGAAGAAAUCGUCGUGGCUACUGUUGUUUGCAAAGAGAGAGUACAGCAUGCGGUGGUUGAGUUUAUCUGUUGAUGUGUACCGGAGAGUUGUGUCUUUAAACUUGUAUUGUCGAGUUAUUCUGUAACUCUUCCUCUUGGAUUGAACCCUGUUUCCUGACAUCUUAUUUUUUUGCUAUCUGUCCAUGGGAUCCAACCUCUUCGUCGUUGUUCCUUGCUACGUCCUUAGGAUUAGCUGAAAUCAAGACAAGUAAUACAAACCCUUUCGUUACUAGUUAAUCUCGUCUGUUCUAAAUCUAAUCUGGGCUUGUACUUGAAGUUUAGCCUUCUUUCCGGUUUGGUCUUUUAUUCGUCUGUUAGCCUCUUUCUUUCAGUUGUCAUCUGGUUUCUGGGUAGAUUGUGGGGUGUUUAAAAGGGUCAAAAGAAGUUAUGGUAAGCCAAGCAGCGAGCCAAACAAGAUUCCGGGCUUUGAAACAUGAGAAUGGGAUUGCUGGGAGCGCGACCAUUAUAGUUAGAGUAAUAGCAUGCUUUCAACCGUUGCAGGAUUGUCAGGCUGAAUACUUUCGUCAUUUACUCAAGCCCGUUACGUAGAUAUACUUUGUGAUUUGCAUCUUUGAAUUAAGCUGGAGGUUGUAGUUAUUUUCGUUAAUCCUGAGAGAGGCAGCAAACAAGCCAUUUGUAACCAUUACUUCUGGUGAUUGUGUUAGUUGAAUGGGAAAGAACUGUGAUUCUUGGAUUCAUCAGCAGCAUUCUGCCUUGCAAUCACCCUUUCAAAACUGCAUGAGCCCUCCUCUGAGUUUGGGGCUUGAAAAUACAUUCCCUGCUUAUGCAAACCCCCAGACUGGCAUGGCUUCUGCUAAUGACACUAUGCCAUUGCCAGGGUUUGCAUUUCCUGAAUUGGGCAACUUGAAAACGGCCCAACCAGUUGAACAGCAAGGGUGGUUCUAUUGCUUACCACGCCAUCGGCAUGCUGCCUUUGCUCCCCCUGAUUGCAUUGCCAAAGACAAAUUUUCUGCACUUCCACAUGGAUGUUUUAGCCAGGCGACAGCCGCUCCCAAUGCAGAACCAGCUUCUGUUCAGAAGCAAUUCCAUUGGCAGGCAGCCUUUGCUUCAUCGGAUUGCAUUGCUAAAGACAAGUUUUCUGCAUUUCCUAAUGGAUAUUUUGGUCAGGUGGCAGCCACACCCAAUGCAGAAGCAGGUUCUGUUCAGAAGCGAUUCCUUGUUUUCGAUCACUCUGGGAAUCAAACAAGCUUCUUUAUCAGUUCUGUGAUUGCACCUACAAUUCCAUUCCAACACCAGAGUUGUAAGAUUCCUAGCCAGUUUGAUGCUAAAGGAAUACAUGAAGAACUGGCAGCUAAUAGGGAUCCAAUCUAUCAAUCUGGGCCUGUUAUUGUUUCAGAUGGAUUGAAUGAAAAUCACGAGAGUGAUGGUGGGAGUGAAAUGCGUGAAGACACAGAAGAACUCAAUGCUCUAUUGUACUCGGAUGAUGAAUAUGAAGAUACUGGCUGUAGUGAAGAAGAUGAUGAGGUAGCUAGCACUGGUCAUUCCCCUAGUGAAAUGACAGGCCACGAGAAGCAAGAAGAAGAAGAAGAAGAAGUUGCUAGUUCAGGUGGCCCAAAUAAGAAGAGGAAACUUCUUGAUGGAGAACAUGAAGCAACAUGUUCAGUCAUGGACACUGCAAAUUCAGCAAAACCCAAUGGUUUGUUGUUGGAGUACGAGGACGAUGCAGAAUCAAGCUGCAUUAGAGGCAGGGCCCAGGGAGGAAAGAUGGGUGCAUUGCCGCUGGGUCAGAAGCGGUUAAGGAAGGAAAGGAUAAGGGAAACUGUGAGCAUUCUGCAGAACAUAAUUCCUGGUGGGAAGGGCAAGGAUGCAGCAAUGGUCCUUGACGAAGCAAUCCAGUACUUGAGAUCUCUGAAGGUUAAAGCCAAAGCUCUUGGGACCUCUACUACUAUUCUCAAUUAGAGAGAUCUUCCCUGUACCAGUAGACCAGUAGUUAGUCAUGGUUGUGUUGUAUGACUUUAGAUGCAGUAUUAGACUAUUAGUAUCGUAGUAGCCUUAUGGUGGAUUUGCUCUUCAGGAUAACGAGUAUCUAUAGUCUCAAAUCCAAAGCCCAGAUGAAAGAAAAGGGUGGUGAGUGAGAGAAACUGAGAAAGCUCUAAGCUGAUCAGUCUUCUACUAUUCCUGACUUGAAAUGAUUAUAGUUGGGAAUCAGUAGUUUCUGCAAUUGGGGCGGCCUGGUUCUUCCCGUGGGAAUACUGGAUGAUGCCCUAAUUAAGAGUUUUGAGGAAGGGGAAGUGUUCAUCAUAAGUUCAUGUGAAUGAUGAUUCAGUUGGAAGG